AUGUGUUGUUCUGCACUUUAACUGUGAUCUAUAAAUACUGUUGAACGUAUUAAAACGUGUACGCGUGUCAUAAUGCAUGUGGUAAAUGUUGGCUUUAGUGUACUUUGUUCGAAGCAGUUGGUAAAGCAAAUCUGGAGCUUCAGUACACGAAGAAUAUCAAGUGCAACUACAGAACCUGUGAUAAUCCGCAUCCCGAGGCGAAUACAAGACCGCAUAAACAAUGUAAAGCAAGUCAAACGCAAAAGCCUGGAAAAGGUGCCCACAGUGAGGGCUGGCAGGCUGCUGAUCAAAAGCAAGAACCCAACUUUCAACCAGUCUGUUAGCUAUACCCUGGGCAAAUUUGAAGAACCAGUUCUUGCAUCGAAGGGAUGGAAGAAUAACAAAUCAUUUGGGGACUACUUUACCAUAAACAGCACCCAGAAUGACCCUCCAUUCUUUUCUGAGUCUAAAUCAGAGAGUAACGAGGAUGGCACUGGCCACAGACGAACCUUCGCCAGCCUUCAUCUGAUUGCUGACCUGGUCACAACUCUUCAGACUCACAACAUCACUCAUCCUACCACUGUCCAGCUCCAGACCAUUCCUAGACUGCUCAGAGGGCACAACGUCUUGUGCGCAGCCGAGACCGGCAGUGGUAAAACUCUUGCAUACAUGCUGCCCAUCAUCCACAAGCUACAUAUGGAGAUGGACCCCGAACAUGUGCUAAAAUCUGACCAGAAAACCAGAGCUGUGGUCCUGGUGCCAUCUCGAGAGCUGGCAGAACAGGUUACCUUCGUAGCAAAGGCCAUGAGCCAACCACUUGGCUUCAGAGUUAAGGUAAUUGGAGGAGGACGAGGAGUCGCAAGCAUCAAGGCAGCAUUUCUUCAAGGCCAGCCUGACAUUCUGGUAGCUACCCCCGGUGCUCUGCUGAAAGCAUUGUGGAGACGCUUUGUGGAUCUCAGUGAGCUGCAUUUUAUGGUUGUCGACGAAGCUGACACAAUGUUUGAUGCAAGCUUUGUAGGCAUGCUUGAGAAGAUCCUCACACAAACCCAGAUUUCGGCCAAUAUAUCAGAGACGGUUGGACCUAUCAAAAAAGCACAACUUGUGGUAGUGGGUGCCACUUUUCCUGGAGGGCUUGGAGAGCUUCUUAGUAAAGUGACUGACCUAGGAACUUUGGUCACAGUUAGGAGCCAAAAUUUGCAUUUUCUGAUGCCACAUGUCAAGCAGACCUUUCUUAAAGUUCGAGGAUCAGAAAAAGUUCUGGAGCUUCACCAAGCCCUAAAAGAAGCGGCGCGUGAACACAAAGGCGUCUUGGUGUUCUGCAAUUCAGCCGCCACUGUAAACUGGCUUGGAUACACUCUGGAAGAAAUGGGCUUGCGUCAUGUCCGGCUUCAAGGAGAAAUGCCAGCUUCCAUGAGAGAAGGGAUCUUUCAGAGUUUCCAAAAAGGUCAUGUUGAUGUUAUGAUCUGCACAGAUAUCGCUUCCCGAGGACUUGAUACACAAAGAGUGGGACUGGUGGUGAACUAUGAUUUCCCUGAGUCUUAUACGGACUAUAUACACAGAUCAGGGCGCGUGGGCCGGGCAGGAGGCUCAGGUGGUGGACAUGUAAUAAGUUUCGUCACUCAUUUGUGGGAUGUGGAGCUGGUGCAGAGCAUUGAGACUGCGGCAAGGAGGAGAGCAUGUUUGCCCGGAAUGGACAAGGAGAUACAGAUACCCAUCACCAAAAUAUUAGCACAGGACAGCAAAUGAUGUGCACAUUUAUUAUGUGGAUGGUUUUCAUGUCUUACCUUUUUGAAUAUGUUCCUAUAAAAUAUAACAACCAAAGAUCAUUAAAUGUUACCUAUUCUAAAAUAAAAUGAAAUUUCUUUAUAGUAUGAUAAGGGUAU